AUGGCCGCCUUCUUCGCCAGUUUGUGUUCGUGUUUUCCCUCGCAUAGUAGAAAGAAGGAAAAAGAAUCAGAUUACUCUUCUCAACCCCACCUUGACAACCAGUCAUCCCAGCCCUCACACCCUGCCAGUUACAACCGGUAUCAACCAUUUGUUGAUGAAAAUGACCCCUACCACUCGAGCCAGCCCCUUCCGAGAUACACAGCACGUCCUAUCAGUAUACAGGAAAAGACCCUAGCCAUCUCAGGCCGUCGCUCUUUAUGCGAACGUGAUUACCCUCGAGAUGAAAAGAACCAGAACAUAUACGACCGUCGAUAUCCUAGUAAUAAUGCCGAUAAUGCCACAGAAGACGAUUCAUCCGACGCAUCUUCACAGAUUUCUUUCCCUACUAGCAUAGGAAAUACGUCUACGGCUACUGGAGAAACACCUCCGCCACCAUAUUCUUCUUAUUGCUCGUCUCGAGCCCACUCCCAGCGAUCGAUGUCGAUAUCUAUCCCCACUAAUUAUACCGGAACGACAGAAACAGAUUCAUCUUCGAUAAUUUCACCUUCCCCUAUUGCCACUCCACCGCCUGUUUUCUGUCGCGACCAUACGGGCACCUGUCAACGUUCAUAUGAUGGUGCAGGAAAGAGAGAUGAUUCGACUUUACCCGACUAUGAACGGAGUUAA